CCGUUUCAUCUUUUUGUAGAUAUCAAUGAAUGCGAAACAAAUCCUUGUGAUGAAAAUGCAAAUUGUACAAAUGUAGAUGGUUCGUAUGAAUGUACCUGCCAUGAGGGCUAUGAAGGAAACGGCAAAAAUUGUACAGAUUUCAAUAAGUGCGAAGACAAUCCUUGCCAUGUGAAUGCAAAUUGCACCACUGUUAAUGGAUGGUAUGAAUGUAACUGUCACGAGGGAUAUGAAGGCAAUGGCACCAGCUGCACAGAUAUCAAUGAAUGCGAAACAAAUCCUUGUGAUGAAAAUGCAAAUUGUACAAAUGUAGAUGGUUCGUAUGAAUGUACCUGCCAUGAGGGCUAUGAAGGAAACGGCAAAAAUUGUACAGAUAUCAAUGAAUGCGAAACAAAUCCUUGUGAUGAAAAUGCAAAUUGUACAAAUGUAGAUGGUUCGUAUGAAUGUACCUGCCAUGAGGGCUAUGAAGGAAACGGCAAAAAUUGUACAGAUAUCAAUGAAUGCGAAACAAAUCCUUGUGAUGAAAAUGCAAAUUGUACAAAUGUAGAUGGUUCGUAUGAAUGUACCUGCCAUGAGGCUAUGAAGGAAACGGCAAAAAUUGUACAGGUAUAG